AGCACUGUGCCAGUCGAACGAAGUAUCUCUGCACCGUCUUUUGCAGCGCGCUUUGUCGAGCCCGGUCUGCGAUGUGCGCCCGCAACCCGGAACCAGACCGUUACGUGUAUUCACAAAUGCGCAAGCCCUCGCGACCACAUUCCUUGAGCGUCCUGGUGACAGGCACUAUGCAAGACAUUCGAUACGCUUGAAAUACCAAAGGCUGAUUAUGUACACGCUAGCCUCCGACCUUUGGGACCGUCUCUCGAGCAUGGUCCAUUGUUUCAUGCAGGCUUUGUUUUACCUGUAUAUUAUUCAUUAUUAACUGAAUACCCGAUAUCGCUCGCUUGCCUGUUUCAGCGUGAUCUUCGCUCGCUGACUGCGCAUCUUUCACAGAAAAUUACAACUCUCAUGCUGGCCCGUCACCCAAUUUUUCCUCUCCAUCCAAAUAAGUGCAAAGGUCGGUUUGCGAUCAGAUGAAUCUAUCUGGCCAGAAUUUCAGGGGUGAAGCCUCGCAUUUAUCACGGAAUUCUGGCCUUCAAUCUCCCUCAUCUUGCACAACGUCCGACUUUUGGAACAGCAACGCGCACGGAAAUGUACAUUUUGGCCUUCUCCGCCAUGUAUUUUUGACUUCGUAGCCAGCUCGAGAACAAGAACACUUCACCGUUGGCAGGUCAAGCACGACCCAAGCUUCACCAAAGAUUUCGAACCGCAAGUCCCACGCCUACCGCCGUCUCGUCAACUAUCUUUUUAGCAUGCUCCAUACGGAGCAGCUCAAAAUGUGUUCUUCGCGGUCAUGCCGCUGCUCGUCAGCACAGAUGGUACCGCAGGCCUCCGUGAAUCGUCCGAACCGCAUUUUCUUUAUCGAUAGUGUCAAUGACAAAAUGCCGGACGGGUAACCCCUCAAAAACGUGUCAAACCGCGAAUGAGGCUGUUUAUUUCUUUGUUUUCCCCACAUGGUGGACGGGGUUAACCAUGGAGAUGAUUUUUUGCCGGGGUUCGCCGCGUCGAGUAUCUCGACGGAGAACCAAAAAAAGUCAAGGCUCAUGCACAGCACCUUUUAUCCACCUGUCAACAAAUCCACCUCCAAAGGUACAGAUCGAAGCAUAUCUUUUCUUUUCUCUUCAUGGUAGUCCCCUGGAUCCGUCUUAGGUGGAGUCUGAGCAACUCGAACAGCCACUAAACUGGUUACCAUCCAACCUUCGCCUGUAACGCGAAACUUUUGAUCGCACCCUUAAGCACUUUCUUUCCCGUUCAUACGCACUUUGCUUGUUCAGCUAUGGCGGCCGAACCUCAAUUCAAGGGAUUUGUAGCUAGAUCUGCAGUCCCACCAGGCCAUCUGGAAUGGGCACCACUUAAAGUGAAACCUUUCGGCCCGUCAGAUAUCGACAUUGAGAUCUCGCACUGCGGAAUCUGUGGCUCUGACCUGCACACCUUGCGUGGCGGCUGGAAGAAUACACACUAUCCAGUGUGCGUAGGUCACGAAAUCGUCGGACGUGCCAUCCGUGUCGGCGACGCGGCGUCAAAGUUGGGCCGCAUAAAGGUCGGCGAUCGUGUCGGCGUGGGUGCCCAAGCACUGUCGUGCUUGAACUGCGAAGAGUGCAAGGCUGGGAUGGAAAGUUAUUGCUCAAGGGGCAAUGUCGGCACGUAUAACAGCAGGUAUCCAGAUGGAAACUACAGCAUGGGCGGAUAUGCUACGCACACGAGGGUACAUGAGCAUUUCGUGGUGAGAAUCCCCGAUGGACUGAGCAGUGCGGAUGCAGCACCCAUGCUGUGUGGUGGAAUUACCGUGUACAGUCCUCUCAAGAAGUGGGGCUGUGGCCCAGGAAAGAAGGUCGGCAUUGUUGGGGUGGGUGGUUUGGGCCACUUCGGAGUGCUGUUUGCGAAGGCGUUGGGCGCCGACAAAGUCGUCGCCAUCUCGCGAUCGGCGAGCAAGAGGGCAGAUGCGUUGGCCAUGGGCGCAGACAUGUACAUUGCAACGGCUGAAGAGGACAAGUGGAGCCGCAAGCAUGCGCGAACACUGGAUCUGAUCAUCUGCACAGUUUCUGGCGCGAACAUGCCGCUGGCUCAGUAUCUCUCCUUACUGCGAACGGACGGCACGUUUGUCCAGGUCGGCGCCCCGGAGGACAGACUCCCCGCGCUUAAUGCAUUCCAUUUCAUUUCCAAGGGUGUCAAGAUGACGGGAAGCAGCAUUGGCGCUCCCGCAGAGAUAGAGGAGAUGUUGGAAUUUGCGGCAGAGAAGAGCAUCAAGCCGUGGAUCGAAGUUCGCCCAAUGAAGGAGGCCGAUCAGGCGGUCAGGGAUCUCGAGGACGGAAAGGCGAAAUACAGAUAUGUGCUGGAAAAUCAGGAUAAGGCGAAUCUGUAAAGAUACCUUUGUCGAUAUAUGUCACCAUUUUUUUCUCCGAGGGCUAGUCAUGUAUCGAGCAGUGUGUUGACGAGUGGAGCGGGCGUUGGAAACAAACUACGAAUGGGAUAUACGCAAAUGAUUUAUCACUCUAAACCGCAAUACUCGAUUUUGCCGACGAUAUGGAGAGUCUUCCGAGCGUGAUCUAUCUACCAUAGCAAGCAACGCCGAUUUCCACUUCUUUCCUGGAGUAGC